UACCUCUCAGUCACUAACUCAGUUCGAUUAUAACUCCGAAUAUGUCAACGCGUUUUAAUAUUUUAAUAUUUUUGCUGAUAUUGGGCUUAAAUGUUGGCUUUACGUUUCGACUUAUAGAUGGUCCUGUGUACCUAAAAACUUGCCCAGCUAAUGGUGAUUCUCAUUUUGAGGAACUUCUUCCAAAUGAGCAGCAAAAACAUUUUUACAAUGUUCAUAAUAUACCAAACAAUCACCAGCCCGACAUCAUACCGAAAGAAAAAUUGACGAAUAAUUGGUUAAUGCGAAUUAUUAAGAUAAGAACCAUUCCUGAGAAACCCAAAAGCGAGGAUUCUUCAUCCGGCCAGGAUAAUCGUAUAAAUGGAUUAAUGCAGAAAAUAUUUCGUAUAUUACAUUUAAGACCUAAAAGUGACAAUGAGAAUGACAAUAAUGAUCGGAAAAUGUUUUUAAUUUUAAGAAAGGAUCCUCAGGCAAUAGAACACCAUAUCGUAAAAAAAGAUCCUUUACCCUACAGUUUUAUGUGAUAAAUAAUUUUCUAAAAAUCUUUUCUAUUUGCACAUAUCCACCCUCAUUAAAGCCCACAUAGUUUUUAUGAUAAAUUAGCUCUAAUUAAGAAAACUUUGUAAAAACAGAUGUUCCCAGUAAGAAGGCAAUAAAUUAAAUCAAAUUUCCGCUGUCGCAGCAAAGGAUUUGAAAACAUCAAGACACAUA